AUGGAUUUUGAUACAUUUUCAUUAGUUACACUUGAAUCACUUUCCAGUCAUGAGAAGUUUAAUAUAAAUCACAAAACUGUUUUUUAUAUUCACGGAUUUAGAGAAAAUAUGACAUCGGAAAGUGUUGAAACAAUCGUUAAUGCUUACACCAAACGAUCAACUUACAAUAUUUUAGUAUUAGAUUGGUCUGAAUAUUCUAAUGGAAGUUAUGUAACUGAUGCUGUUCCCAACUUAGUUAAGAUUGGAAAAUUAGUUGGAGAAAAUAUUUUCAAUUUAGUUGAACAAAAAGUUUUGGAGCUGAAAAACUUUCAUGUUGUUGGACAUUCUUUGGGUGGACAAAUGGCUGGCUACAUCGGUAGGUGGAUGAUAGCUCUUUCUAGAGGAAGGUCUAAGCUUGCAAGAAUUACAGCACUCGAUCCAGCCAAACCACUUUUCUAUGAAGAUUUAAUCUUCUUGCCAACUCAUUUAACUUUUUUUGAUGCUGAAUUCGUUGAUAUUAUUCACAGCGAUGCACUUUUACUUGGUGCAUCUGUUUCGAGUGGGAAUGUCGACUUCUGGCCAAAUGGUGGAUCUUAUCAACCUGGAUGUAGACUUACAACUGAUCACCGUUGUGAUCAUUCAAGAAGUUGGAAGUUUUUUGCUGAAAGUGUUGCAUCGUUUGACUUGAAAUUUGAUGCAAUAAAAUGUGAGAGUUUCGAAGAUUUUAAAAUUCUUAAUUGCAGUGUUAAACCACCUCUUGGUAAUAUGGGAAUUGAUGCAAAUCCAAAGUAG